AUGGCUCGGGCCUCCGACGUUCCUGAACAGAUAAUCUAUCUGAAUGUUGGUGGGCAGCGGUUUGCUACAAGCUCUCACACGUUGACUUGGAUUCCGGACUCCUUCUUCACUAGUCUUCUGAGCGGUCGUAUUCUGACGGUGCGUGAUGACAGCGGUGCGAUUUUCAUCGAUCGAGAUCCUGAGAUCUUCCGCAUCAUCCUGAAUUAUCUGCGCACAAAGCAAGUAGACCUGAAGUACGUCACCCUUAAGCACGAGGCUCAGUACUUUGGACUUACUCCGUUAGUUCAUCGGUUAACACUCUGUGAAGAACUGAACGUCUCGUCAUGUGGUUCAGUACUUUUCCAUGCGAUGAUAACAGCUCCAUGUUUACCAUUGGAAAAUUUGGAAAAUGUAGCGGUGCCACCGGAAUCCCUCGUUCGCGAGCGCACUGAAGGGUGGUGUUCGAGACAUGGUAGUGGUCAUAGCACUGAACUAUCUCAACUGAAACACCAAGCACGCUGUCAGUCCGAGGAUAAGGUGGAUCCACUGCGUGUGCGAAUAAUCAGGGCUCAUCAUAAUUCAAUUAUUGUUGCGUAUGCCUACUAUGCAUGUGUCUAUCGUGUCUACAGAACUCCGCCUAUGGAGUCACUGAUUAGGCAUGUAGCUCUCAAUACAAAAUUUGGACCACAGAAUACUGAUCGGAUGGUGGCUGUAGCGUUGGCGAAUAAUAAUAUAUUGCUAUGGGCACUUGAAGAUGACAGUACGGUGAAAAUCGGUACUUUUUCGCUAUCUGUAAACGUGGAUAAUUUGUUUUUCAUUGGCAGUCAAAUGGUUGCUCUAAGCCGCACAGGGAAAGUUGGGAUAUGGCACUCAAUGACGCAUAACUGGCAGGUGCAAGAUGUAAUUGCCAUAUCAUGUUACGAUACAGCUGCAUCCUCAUUACUGUUGGGAUGCACUAAUGGAUCCAUGUAUUACAUAGAUAUGCAGAAAUUCCCCUUGAGGAUGAAAGAUAACGAUCUUCUGGUCACAGAACUCUACAAAGAUCCGAAUGGCGAUGGAAUUACAUCAAUUAGCGUGUAUUUGACACCGAAGACAAAUGUUUGCGGGAACUGGAUUGAAAUUGCAUAUGGUACGUCAACUGGUGCAGUUCGAGUAAUCGUUCAACAUCCGGAGACAGUUGGUCAUGGCCCGCAACUAUUUCAGACUUAUACUGUUCACAAUUCUCCUGUGACCCGUGUCACCCUCAGUACUAAUCAUCUAAUAAGUGUUUGUUCUGAAUACAACCAUGUACGAUCUUGGAUAGUAACACGUUUCCGUGGAAUGAUUAGCACACAACCAGGUAGCACAAGCCUAGCGUCUUUUAAAGUGCUUACACUGGAUUCUGCGGAUGAUUCUGUAGAUGUUGAGCAUGCUGAUCCAGGUGACCUGGAAUAUCGUGAAAAACGGAAAACCUUCUACAGGCGAAAGGUCUUGUUGUUAUUCAGGAUUUGUACAAUUCGUUCUGUAGAUGGCUCAGCUAUAUCCUCUUUUACCGUUCACGAAUGUGAAGGUUCAAGUAGGAUAGGUAGUCGUCCUCGACGCUUUUUGUUCUGCGGCACCACUAGUGGAAGUGUUCAGAUGUGGGAUUUAACGACAGCACUCGAUCAGUACACAGCCGCACGUCAGUUAUCACUAGCCAGUGCUCAGUCUCCUAGCAGCUUGGAUUCAAGUUUAAGUGGCCCAUCACCACAAGAGCUGUUGCAGCUGAUAGAUGAGUGUGAAAUUUGCUGUAACAGUGUGAGUCCGACUCCGUCAUCGACACAAUGUUCAUCGAUGACACAUCUUCCAAGUGUUUGA